AUGACGGGAUUGGAGAGCUUAUCGGACGAUGUCAUCACCUACUUGAUUGAAUGGUUUCAACAUGAGAAGGAUCUGAAUUCGCUCUCGCAAACGAAUGCCCGCUUCUAUCGUAUAGUCAACCCAUAUCUCUACAAGCGCCAUGUCGAGAGCCGGCAUCCGAAGGCUCUCUCGUGGUCGAUGGCCCGCGAACGCACCGACACGAUGCGAAAACUGCUCGCCGCCGGGGCCGACAUUAUGCUUCGCAAACCAGUGGAUUGGAUGCCGAUGCCGCCCAUUAUCUAUGCCGUUACAUUCUGCAGCGUCGAGGUGGUGAAGGCCAUUUUGGAGAUUGAUAGCGCUGAUCUCAACCUGGGGGACAACAUUGGCAAUACAGCGCUUUGCACUGCUACGUCAUUAGGCAAAGCCGAGAUCGUCAAGCUGCUCCUUGAUGACCCAAGGGUCGAUGUCAAUGCACGCAAUCGACCUGGUUUUACGGCACUCUCUAUUGCUGCCAGGAACGCCAACGAGGCAUUGGCGAAGCUGCUUCUACAAGACUCGCGCGUUGACCCAAACGUCAUCGCUGAAUGCGGUGACACGGCUUUGAUCUGCGCGAUAAAGAACGCCUACUACAACAGCGAGGGCAUCGUUAGGAUGCUGUUAGCUGAUCCCCGGGUUGAACCUGACGUCUGCGGUGACGACGGCAUCACGCCUUUGCAUUGGGCAGUCGCUACGGCUGCAGAUGCAAACGGGGUGACGCCUUUAAUUUAUGCCCUGCUAUCGGGAAAAGAGGAUGCUAUUAAACUAAAGCUUACCGUCCCCGAAGUCGAUCCUAAUGUGCCGGACCUUUCAGAACGCACGCCGCUGAUAUACUCGGUUCAUCUCAAGAAUCCUGACGUUACUCGAAUCUUGCUCGCGGAUGAACGAGUCAACCCCAACAUCACUGAGUCCGAAGGCAUGACGGCUCUAAGUUGCGCCUGCGACUGGGGCGUGCCCGAGUGUGUAGAAGCACUCCUAGCACACAAGGACAUCGAUCUCCAAUUCACUGAAUCUGGCGUGGUGCCCGCGUCCUAUGCCGCCACCUAUGGUGACUGCGAAAUUAUGAAGAGACUGCUUGAGGAUCCGCGAUUCGACGCGAGCAGGAUCGACUACGACAGGGGCACGGCGGUGCAUUACGCUGCGAUGAACAAUCAUGAGGAUAUGAUCAAGCUACUACACGAGAGCGGUCUGUUUCAAAUGGAUAGUCUGGAUGUCCACGGCCGGGGUCCGUUGUCUUAUGCGGCGCUUCACGGCCAUGGGGGUGUUGUGAAAUUAUUGGUGAAAAUAUCUAAGGAGAUUGGGGGCAUUUCUUGGACUGUGGUUGAUGAGGACGGCGCAAGCCCUGAAACGUACGCACGUAAGGCUGGGUAUGAGGAUUUGGCGGCAAUAAUAGCUGGCGGAGAGUGA